AGAAACAUCCAAGGCAAGACUGGCACCCAGCACACAGCAGUGACUGAUCACACACCGACCGCAGGCACCAUGGAGUCCUUCAGCUCAAAAAGUCUGGCACUACAAGCGGAGAAGAAGCUGCUGAGUAAAAUGGCUGGUCGGUCCGUGGCGCAUCUCUUUAUCGACGAAACCAGCAGCGAGGUGCUAGACGAGCUAUACCGCGUGUCCAAAGAAUACACCCACAGCCGGCCCAAGGCACAGAGGGUGAUCAAAGACCUCAUCAAGGUGGCCGUCAAGGUGGCCGUGCUGCACCGCAGUGGCUGCUUUGGCCCUGGGGAGCUGGCUCUGGCUACACGAUUUCGCCAGAAGCUACGGCAGGGUGCCAUGACCGCACUCAGCUUCGGGGAGGUGGACUUCACCUUUGAGGCCGCCGUGCUAGCAGGCCUGCUCGUCGAGUGCCGGGACAUCUUGCUGGAGCUGGUGGAGCACCACCUCACACCCAAGUCACAUGACCGCAUCAGGCAUGUGUUUGACCACUACUCUGACCCCAACCUGCUCGCUGCCCUCUAUGGGCCUGACUUCACUCAGCACCUUGGCAAGAUCUGUGAUGGGCUCCGGAAGUUGCUGGACGAGGGCAAGCUCUGAAGCUCCGGAGCUCAGCACACUGGACUUUGGCAAAAUGACUGACUGGGAAAUGACACAUCGGGCUCUCUAACCCUGCACCAAUGCUUCUCGAUCCCCUGGCUUCACUCUCCCAAGAGAGAUAUAGACACUGAGGCCACCCCCACCCCCAAACUGCUGCUGGGGCAAAGCAAGACUGAGCUGAGUGAGGCGGCUCUCCCAUCCAGUUCCAGUAAAGGAAACAGCUGACUGAAGGAGAAGUGAAACUCGGGUCCGCUUCUCCCAGGAGGGCUGCCCAGGACCAGGGGAUCCUCUUUCUCCACACGCCCGAGGAAGGGGACACUAAAGGCCACACGCAGGAAGGUGGUGGUCAGAGACCUCCUGGAUCCCCUAGAGUUGGAGGCAGCGCUAGG